AUGUCGUCUUCUCAUCUAAUGACUCAAACCGCAACCGAAAACUUCAACAAUUUCAUUCACACCCCCCCGGCCAACUCAUCCACCGGAGCCUCCCCGGUCAACGUCAACUCUUUAUACAUCAUGACACGUAGAAAACUCAUCUUUGGCACAUGCAAAGGAUGCGGAAAGCCGAACGAUAGAUUCAACGAAUGUAACUCUUGCGCGGAUUGGAUUAAUCAACAGAUGGCUUAUCUCAAACAAAUGGAGAAUUUAAUUGAGAUAAGAAGAUUGAGGAUCUGCGAACAAAAGUUAAUGUGCAAAUUUGGAGACGAUAAAGAGGAUCCGAAAAAAAUGUGA